UGCUGUGACCUCCGACCUUCAGCAUGAGGGGUAUAUAUAUCGCGUGGAGAUGAAGCGAAGGCCCCUGGCAGCAAAGAUGAAGGUUCUGCUCAGCGUGUGCUUCCUGCUGUCUUUGGUGGCCUCAUUCUCAGCAGAGCUGCUGUCGGACUCAACCUCCCCGGACGAUGAGCUAUUAGUGCAGCUCCAGCUCCAGCAGCCAGAGGAGGACUUGUUCUCUUGUGGCUGUGACUCAGCAGAGGAGCACACCAGCCAGAGCUCCUCUAAUGACACCCCAGCACCGGAGAGAGCCUUGUGCCAGCCCUGCAACCCCCCUCCAGCUCUACAGCCGGAGGAAGACACACCUGAGGAGGAGGCCGUGACGAGUGAUGCGGAGGAGCCAGAGGUUGUUCAUGAGGAGGGUGGAGAAGAUGCUGACGACGGGCCUGCAAGCACAGUUGGUGAGGCAGAAGAUGAGGAUGAGCUGGAGUCUGCAGAAGAGCAGGAGGAUGCUGCACCCAAACCGGAAGAAGAACCGGAAGAGCUGCCUGACACUGAUGCAGCUGAAUCCGAAGAUGAAGUCGAAUCAAUCCUAGAGGAAGGUGAAUCGGAGGAAAUCGACGCUGUGGAGUCAACAAUUGAACCCGAAGACAAAGCUGCUUCAGAACCAGAGGAGGACGAGUCUGAAGGUGAGUCGGAACCUAUAAUGAAUCUUCGAGUGAAUCCAGAAAUUGUAGAAGAAAGACCAGAGUUUGAAGAAGAUCUAAGUUUAGAACCAGAGGUGGAAAACGACAUAGAAGAAGCUGAAGAAGAAGAGGCCACAGUGGAUGAAAGGAAAGCAGAGGAAGCCACAGUGGAAGAAGAAGAAGAAGAAGAAGAAGAAGCCACCUUAGAUGAAGCUGAAAUACAACAAGCUACUGUGGAAGAAACAGAAGAGGAAGCCACCUCAGAUGAAGCUAAAAUAGAAGAACCCACUGUAGAAGAAACAGUAGAAGAAGCCGCCUUAGAUGGAGCUAAAAUAGAAGAACCCACUGUGGAAGAAACAGAAGAGGAAGCCACCUCAGAUGAAGCUAAAAUAGAAGAACCCACUGUAGAAGAAACAGUAGAAGAAGCCGCCUUAGAUGGAGCUAAAAUAGAAGAAGCCACUGUGGAAGAAACAGAAGAGGAAGCCACCUUAGAUGAAGAUAAAAUAGAAGAAGCCACUGUGGAAGAAACAGUAGAAGAAGGCACCUCAGGUGGAGCAAACAUAGAAGAAGCCGCUGUGGAAGAAACAGAAGAAGAAGCCACCUUAGAUGAAGAUAAAAUAGAAGAACCCACUGUGGAAGAAACAGUAGAAGAAGCCACCUUAGAUGAAGCUAAAAUAGAAGAAGCCACUGUGCAGGAAACAGGAGAAGAAGCCACCUUAGAUGAAGCUAAAAUAGAAGAACCCACUGUGGAAGAAACAGUAGAAGAAGCCGCAUUAGAUGAAGUUAAAAUAGAAGAAGCCACUGUGGAAGAAACAGAAGAGGAAGCCACCUUGGAUGAAGAUAAAAUAGAAGAACCCACUGUGGAAGAAACAGUAGAAGAAGCCGCCUCAGAUGAAGUUAAAAUAGAAGAAGCCACUGUGGAAGAAACAGAAGAAGAAGCCACAGUAGAUGAAGUGGAAGAAGCUCAAGUGGAGGACGUAACUUCUCAAUCUAAAAUCAAAGGAGGCGAGGAUGAAGCAUCGGGCCCCGCAGUGAGGGACCGCUCCCACAUCGACGAGACGCUGAGACUGGCCUCUGCUGAACCCUCCGCUGAGUACACAGCUGCCAUAAAGAAACUGCUGAGCAUCUACCACACUGCCAUCAAGCCAGUGGAGCAAGCCUUCAAGUACAAUGAGCUGAGGCAGCAUGAAGUCACAGAUGGAGAGAUCACCUCCAAGCCCAUGGUUCUGUUCCUGGGACCCUGGAGUGUGGGCAAGUCCUCCAUGAUCAACUACCUGCUGGGUCUCCACAGCACCUCACAGGAGCUCUACACAGGAGCUGAACCCACGACCUCUGAGUACACGGUUGUCAUGCACGGAGAGAAGACCCGCACUAUUGAGGGCAUAGUGAUGGCAGCUGACAGCUCUCGAUCCUUCUCCCCUCUGGAAAAGUUCGGCCAAGGUUUCCUGGAGCGCCUGGUUGGUAUUGAAAUGCCUCACAAGCUGCUGGAGAGGGUGACGUUUGUGGACACGCCGGGAAUCAUCGAGAACCGCAAGCAGCAGGAGAGAGGCUACCCCUACAACGAGGUGUGCCAGUGGUUCAUCGACCGCGCCGACUUAAUCUUCUUGGUCUUUGACCCCACCAAGCUGGACGUUGGUGGAGAGCUGGAGAUGCUCUUCAAGCAGAUGAAGGGUCGCGAGUCGCAGAUCCGCCUCAUCCUCAACAAAGCAGACAGCCUCUCCACCCAAGACCUCAUGAGGGUCUAUGGAGCUUUAUUCUGGAGCAUGGCUCCCCUGGUCAAUGUGACUGAGCCACCCAGGGUAUACGUGAGCUCCUUCUGGCCUCAGGACUAUGCUGUGGACACAAGCCGCGAGCUCUUCAUGAAGGAGGAGAUCUCUCUGCUCGAGGACCUGAACCAGGUGAUUGAGAACCAGAUCGAAAACAAGAUUGCCUUCAUCCGCCAGCACGGCAUCCGAGUGCGUAUUCACGCCCUGCUGGUGGACCGCUACCUGCAGACCUACUACGACAGGCUGGGCUGGUUCAGUGACCCCCACGAGGUUUUCCAAGACAUCGUAACAGACCCAGACAAGUACUACAUCUUCAAGUCCAUCCUGGCCAAGACCAACGUCAGUAAGUUCGAUCUGCCCGACAAGGAGGCCUACCAGGACUUCUUCGGAGUCAAUCCGGUGUCCAGCUUCAAGCAGCUCUCCCAGCACUGCAGCUGGAGUGGCGGGUGUCUGCUGGACAAGUUAGAGAAGGCCAUUUCUCAGCAGCUUCCAGCUCUGCUCAGCAGUGUCAGCAAGGACACGUCUGCGCCAACGAAAUCUUCCGUCACCCCGGCACCUCCGGCGGCUGGAGCCUGUGAAGGUCCCCAGUGUGAGGAGAAGCCUAAAAACCGCUGGAGGAGGCAAUGAGAGCGGUGACGGUGGAGGAUGAGACAGAUGGCAGCAGCCGGGGGGGGGCCUUUUAAAAACACCCCACUUCUCUAAGUCUCUGGGUUUGUGGAGCAAAACAAUGAGAGUGAGAAAGCUAGCAACAGGCUGGAUCACAUUUCAGAUCCAUUUGCGUCAGCAUUAAGUAGCAGAUGAAUGGAAUCAAGAUCUUUCUUAAAGUUGCAGUUAUUUACGUUUGACCUGAUCAACCUUUUCACUGACAGCUGUGUGCCGUGAUUUCUGCAACAGAACUUCCUGAAAUAUAGAUUUCUAGACAGAAAAAAAAAUGAAAUGUGAACUAAAGUACAGAACGAAGGCAGUGUUGUUUUCUUUUCUUGUUUUGAAGUUUGUAUAUUAUUUAUUGGAAUAUGGAUGCUAGCGUGAGCGACGUGGAACACUGUUGUUUGCAAGGACUGAAUAUUGAGUCGCAUCUGCAGAGUUUUGCUGUCGGCCCACUCUGAAAAAGCACUGUAAGAUGAACAUGUUGCCAAAGCGAGUUGCAUCUACUGGUGAGGAUGA